AUACAUUUCAGCUGACACUUGAACAGCACUUGUUUUUAUUAGAUAAUAUUGCUUAUAUUAUUAUUUUCUCGAGAAAGUCGCCGCCGUCAGAAUGAACCGAAUUUGCCAGAGCCUGUUGCGUCCAAGCUACCGUAUGCCCGCUGCCCUCACCGGCGGAGCAAGUGCAUCCGCCACCACGACAUCGGGCUCCAUUCUGUGCCGCUUCUUUGCGGCAGAUGCGGCAACCGGCGCGGCGGUGGACAAGGCGACGAUGGACAAGCUGGUGCGCACCAACAAGGUGGUCGUCUUCAUGAAGGGCAAUCCACAGGCGCCGCGUUGUGGCUUCAGCAAUGCGGUGGUGCAGAUCAUGCGGAUGCACGGUGUCCAGUACGAUGCCCACGAUGUGCUGCAAAACGAGUCCCUGCGACAGGGAGUCAAGGACUACACCGACUGGCCAACCAUUCCGCAGGUGUUCAUCGAUGGUGAGUUCGUCGGCGGCUGCGACAUCCUGCUGCAGAUGCACCAAAGUGGCGAUCUCAUCGAGGAGCUGAAGAAGGUGGGCAUCGUUUCGGAGCUGCUGAAAGCGGAGGAGGCCAAACAGCAGGACGACAAGGCCAAGUGAUGAUCCAAUAGAGCACCCAAAGAUCAAAUCCCUUCCUAAAUAUGUUAGCCACGCAACGUUUUUAUUAUUAAAUGCUUAACUCGUAACGACAA